CGCACCAGCGACUUGUCUUGCAGUUCUGUCACUGUCGCGCGCUCUCCAGGACAUAGGAUAGAGAUACAGCUAAUGGUUACGCGAAUACCGGUUUAGCGGUCACUUUGCGAGCAAAGCUUCAACAUUUAUUUACAGGUUUAUAAAGUACACAAAAGGACGUACGUCUGUAAGAGAGUCUUCAUUGUCCUCAGGACGCAGCACCCCAGAACUUCGAUUAAUAAAAUUCAAUGCCACUUCUCCAGUAAGCAGAAUGAAGACGGCGGAGAUCUGUGUGGUCCUGUUUGUCUUGGGCUGUGUUUGUGAACUGUCAUUGUCUUUGGACCCCCGAGAUCCAAAUGUGUGCAGCUUAUGGGAAAGUUUCACCACUUCAGUGAAGGAGUCAUACGCUCAGCCUUUCGACUAUGUGCGUGAAGAGACCUGCUCUGAACCCUGGAGCGCUAACAAAUGCACCCGGCACAGGAUCACCUAUAAAACACUUUAUAGGCAGGUGGUGAAAAUGGACUAUCGAAAGAGGUAUCACUGCUGCAGUGGCUUCUAUGAAAGCAGUAAUAAAUGUGUUCCACGUUGCACUAAGGAGUGUGUCCAUGGCCGCUGUGUAGCACCUGAUCGCUGCCAGUGUGAGAGCGGCUGGCGUGGAGACGAUUGUUCCAGCUCAUGUGAUGCCCAGCAUUGGGGUACAGGCUGCAGACGACUCUGUGAGUGCCAGAACGGGGGAGAGUGUAACGCUCUUACAGGAGCCUGUCAGUGCCCAGCCGGAUACACUGGUGUAAACUGCCAGGACCCCUGUCCCACAAAGUCGUUCGGUCAAGGCUGUCUGCAGGAAUGCCAGUGUGGAACAGGAGGAUUCUGCAAUAAAACCACUGGAGAGUGUGUGUGCAGAGAUGGAUUUACUGGAACUCUGUGCGAGAAGCCGUGUAUGAGGUCGAAUCGCUGUCCUGUACGCUGCUCAUGUCAGAAUGGAGGCAUCUGCCAGGGGAGAGGGGUGUGUUUGUGUCCACCCGGCUGGAUGGGUGCAGUGUGUACUGAGCGGUGUCCACCGGGCCGUUUUGGUUCAAACUGUGCUAAAGAAUGUUUUUGCCAUAACGGAGGUCACUGUGAUCCAGAAAAGGGCCAAUGUCAGUGCGAUGCAGGCUACACUGGAGAAAGGUGUAACGAGGAGUGUCCAGUGGGUACGUAUGGCGAGGACUGUAAGGGUGUAUGUGACUGUGCUAACGGAGCCCGCUGCUAUAACAUCCACGGCGGGUGUCUUUGUGAGCCGGGGUUUAAGGGUCAGCGCUGUGAUCACAGGAUGUGUCCUGAUGGGGCCUACGGCAUGCACUGCGAACACCGCUGCCUCUGCAACUCACAAAACACUCUCAGCUGUCACCCUCUGAAGGGAGAGUGUACCUGUCAGCCUGGGUGGGCGGGGCUGUACUGCAAUGAAACCUGUGCUCAUGGUUACUAUGGUAACGGUUGUCUGGAACCCUGCCUCUGCGUGAACGGAGGAGUGUGUGACACGGUGACCGGCAAGUGCCACUGUGCGCCCGGAUAUACGGGAUCGCACUGCGAGAAGCUCUGUGAGGAUGGUUUCUAUGGGAAGGGCUGCUCGUCUCCCUGUACAUGUGUAAACUCUAAAGCCUGCUCUCCCAUUGAUGGAACAUGUUUCUGUAAGGAAGGGUGGAGAGGACUUGACUGUUCCAUCACAUGUUCAGAGGACACAUGGGGUCCUGGCUGCAACUUCACCUGCCAGUGUGCAAAUGGAGCAUCCUGCCACCCAGACGAUGGUUCUUGCAGGUGCACCGCAGGCUGGAGAGGAGCUUCCUGUGAUGAGCCCUGUCCAAUCGGGACAUUCGGCCCAGGCUGUCAGCACAAAUGUGACUGUCUGCAUGAUGAAGGAUGUGAGAGUGUUACAGGCCAGUGUCUGUGUUUACCUGGUUGGACAGGACUGCGGUGUACACAGCAGUGUCCAGAGGGAACGUGGGGCCUUCAGUGCAACCAGACCUGCUCCUGCCUCAACAGCGCCACCUGUCAGGCACAUACGGGAACCUGCCUGUGCAAACCCGGAUUUUGGGGAGCUCAAUGUGAACACAUGUGUAGUGCUGGUCUAUUCGGAGAGAGGUGCAGCCGUCAAUGCCCAUCGUGUGUACAUGCCGUCUCCUGCCAUCACAUUACAGGCGAUUGUAUGUGUCAGCCUGGAUAUACCGGACAACUGUGUGAGCAAGCCUGCCCCAUUGGUCGGUAUGGAAGCCAUUGUAGCAAUGUGUGCAGGUGCACCAACAAUGCAACAUGUCAUCACCAGGACGGUUUGUGCAUUUGUCCUUCAGGAUGGACUGGACCGGACUGCUCUUUAUUGUGUCAGACUGGGACAUUCGGCAUUAACUGUGCUCAGACCUGCUUGUGUCCCCCAAACCAUUCCUGCGACCCUCACACCGGACACUGUGUAUGUGUACCUGGACCAGGCGAGGACUGCAAACUAGAGCAUGAGCUGAGUAUGAUGGUGCCUGUGUCUCCGGUGGAAAGGGACUCGUGGGGUGCGAUCGCAGGCAUUGUGGUGCUUGUGAUUCUGGUUGUGCUCCUGUUGGCUGUUCUGCUGUUAUAUCGGCGCAGACAGCAGGACAAACAGAGCAACACACCUGUCGUGUCUUUCUCCUCAACCCGCACCGUCAGUUCAGAGUACACUGUGCCAGAUGUUCCACACAGCUAUCAUCACUAUUACUCAAACCCGAGUUAUCACACACUGUCUCAGAACAGACCUCCACUGCCACACCUGCCCAACAACCAGGACAGAGCCAUCAAGAAUGCAGUCUUCUCGAGUCGACAUUCCAUUUGCAAUGUGAUGAAUGAGCCAGAGCUGAACACCAACAACCAGCUGUUCUGCAGUCUGAAGAACAUGGAGAGGGAGAGGAGAGGUCUGUUUGCGGCUGAGACUAAUGCAACUCUUCCUCCAGGCUGGAAACACCAGGAACCACCUAAAGAUACAGGGGCUUUUGGGAUUGAUCGAAGUUACAGCUAUAGUGCUACACUUGGGAAGCACUACAACAAAGUUGCAGAGCUGAAAGAUUCAUGCGUGGCAGUGAGCAGCAGCUCUCUGAACAGCGAGAACCCGUAUGCCACCAUCAAAGAUCUUCCCGGCCUGCCACCGUGUCCUCCAGAGAGCAGCUACAUGGAAAUGAAGUCUGCCGUGCCUCGUGAAAGAUCCUACACUGAAAUCAGCCCACCGGUCAUGACUUCCUCCACUCUGUCGUGCAGAGAACAUUGUUCCCUUGGCAACGUUGUGGAACAGGAACCUCAGAAUCAUUAUGAUCUGCCCAUCAACAGCCACAUUCCCGGGCAUUAUGAUCUGCCCCCAGUGCGAAGGCCACCCUCCCCAUCGCCACGGAGACUGCCCCAUUGAUCUCCUUGAAAAUUACUUAAAGACAUUGGUUCUUCUCUAAAAUCACUGCCAAAGACAGAGUCGGCUUAAUGUCUGCUUUACAAGCUGGAUAAUGAAAUACUGCCCACCACAGAUGAAUAGAUGGAUGGCACCAAAACUGUGCAACACUGCCAUCUACUGGACAACACUAACAACCACCGAAUGUUCAUGGAGAAAAUAUCUCCUUUAAAGGCACUUAACCCAUUCAAGCCUGUGGAAAACAGUGUUGCCAAGACUGUAUCACUCUUUUUCCAUCUGACAAUAUUUUCGGUGGCUAAACUACUGCCAUACAAAUAGACAAACUUAGAAAGAGACUUUGUAUAGAAAGUCACCACAUGAUAUUCAGCAAAGAUUUGUGCCGUCUUAUGUGAAAAACUGCAAAAGAACUACACAUAUGCUGAUUUAAAAAGAUGUACAAGACUUUCUAGGAAAUAUCUGGACAUUAAUAGGUUAAAUGCUAAAUAUCUUUCUGUUUUAAAUGCUAUUCAUGUUUUAUAUCUUUUAAAUCUGGAAAUCAGGGUGUACAUGACAAUAUAAUUUUUAACAGCUACAGAACAAGCUUUACAUAAGUUUGUCAUAUACAGCGUUGGGAACAUUUGCUAUGAAUGUCAGCUGAAUUCAACCACAAGUACUGUAAAUAGUGUAAAUAAAAUCAAAGUUUCAAUGCA